AUGUCAACGGCCCUACCGCCCACCAUCCGCGACGCCAUGGCCCGUCAAUGGGAGCUCGAAGCGCCGCACGAGGUCCUGACGGCGGCCUUGGCCCCUCUCGGCCGCCGGGUGCUCUGCCACCCCGACUGGGACGUCCUCUGCACCACCGCCCUCCACCCCGAUCACGCCCACGACCUGUCCCGACUCGUCGACCACGUGGCCGACUGCGUCUGCGUCUGGGCAAGCGCCCUGCGGGACGCUCUCGACCGUGACGUCGGCAUGCUGCGCAAGUCGCUCCUCGAGGGCAUCAAGCCCGACUUCCUCGAGCUGCUCGUCGACGUCUCCUCCUCCCCCUCCAUCAGCACGCACUGGCACUGGCAGAAGGGCGCGUUCGUGCUCCUCCUGCCAAAAGGCGCGUUGCCGCACCAUCUCAACGCGGCGAUUCCCCAACUAAGCGCCCAGAUCUUGCUGGCGUUUAGCAAGGGCCCCAAGCCGGCCCUCAGCGCAGCCGGCCAUGCGUGCUUGGACGACGGCUCCGCCUCCGACACGACCGCUUCCGCCGCCUCCUCGGUCGCCUUCCCGCCUCCCCCGGCGGGCGAGUCUCUCCCCGACACGCAUGCCCUCCCCCGCCCGGACGAGCUGCUCCUCCGCCCCCCCUACUUCCUCCACAUCGCCCACGGCCCCCCCACCGUCCUCCAGUGCAGCCACAGCCCGUCGCUCAGCUUCCUCGAGUCCUACCUCAAGAAGUGGUGCCGCACCAACGGCCGACGCACCGACAGGCCCCCCAUGGUGGACGUGACCCUCUCCCAGAGCCCGUUCGGCCUCGGCCCCCUGCACGACGUCUUGACGCUGCAGCUCCCGGCGGCCCAGUACGGCGGCGCGCCUCCCGUCCUGUCCGUGCCCAUUGUGCUGCACCUGGUCGAGAGUGUCUUGGGCUACAGGCUGGUGUAUUCGGACUCGAGCCGAUGGCAGUACCGGAGGGAUGUGCCCUUUACAAAGACGUAG